AUGGCUUUCAAAGACGAGAACAACACCAUGGUUGCCCCUAUAUACAUCAUCGACCUCUCACUCGAGCCAGAGAACCGUUAUAAGGCCCUAGCGCAGGCUUACAAGAGCCAACUUCAAGGCCUCACUUCAUUAUUCAACAGCCUGCUCUCCGACAUUGGUCUCUCCAGGUUCUACCACGGCCCGGUCAGUCUGCUCGCACGAUUGCUUCUCCGAGGCCUGUAUUCUCCUGCAGAGACUGCAGAGCUCCGUGGAAUAGCCAAGGUAAGCGGGGUCCCCAUGCACCUGCUUGUCAGUUUCAAUGUUAUCUUGGACUGUCUCAUGGGUUGCACCUCGGGCGCGGUCAAAGUGCUGGAAGCGGGUCGGCCCACAGGCCAAAGCCGCAUGCUCCAUUUCCGCACCUUGGACUGGUCCAUGGACCCUCUCCGGUCGAUCAUCGUCCAACUGGAAUUUGUUCGAAGCAGAUCGGCCACACCUGGCCAAAUUGUCGCUCGAAGCGUCACUUAUGUGGGUUUUACUGGCAUCUUAACGGGAGUACGUGAAGAAUUAAGUCUAUCUCUCAAUUUCCGAGGUGUACACAAUGCUGCGCGGAGGCGUGACCACGCAAGAUUCUACCUCCACCAUCUGCUCGUCCUCCUGGGAUACCGCCAAUCGAUAUCAAGCAUACUCCGAGGAUACAUAACACCUGAGGACCCAGAAGACGAUCAAUGCAAGAGUCUGCAAGAAAUCUCGGACGAGCUCGUCCCCCGUCACACCACUGCGGCUUACCUGCUCUUUUGUGAUGGCGUCUCGGCAAUGGUCAUUGAAAAGGACUAUGAGACGGGAGUCGUCCGACAAUCCAACACUUUUAUCGGAGUUACAAACAAUGACGAAGAAGAGUUUGGGUGUUCGAACGAAGCCACCCCUUUUGCGGCGCAAGUCUCGGCCAAGACUUCUGGGGUGAGAGCUGGAAUGGAAGCACUUAUUGAAGAAAGCAGGGAUAGACUUGACGCAAUCUCUUUGAAAUGGAGAGCUUGUCUGCGAAAAGCAAGAAGAAAGUCCAAGAAGGAAGGGAAGGACCCCAGCCAAGUAGAACGAACUCUGGCGAUCACAACGGACGAGGUAAUUGAAUGGGUUUCAGCAUAUCCCACGACCAACGAGCAGACUCAUUUCGCGACGGUCAUGGAUCCUGUCAAUGGUCAAGUGGUCUGGACACGGACUUAUCCCGAGCCGGCUGAAUGA